GACGUCGACGCGUCCCUCUCCCUCCCUCCUGCUCGGUCCUCCCGUCGCCCUCGCUACGCGGCGCGUCCAACGACUGCCAUUGUCUUCAGGGACGCCCACGCCCACAUAAAUAGCGAUGCCCAACUCUAGCUGCGGCGCGGACGCCGACGUCCACAUACGAAACUCGGCCUCAGGAGGAGGGUCCAGCUUGCGCACGUCCCCCGCAGCCACACCACCCCGCCUCGUCAGGCUCCCACCCCACCUCCGACGCAAGGCCGCCGCGUGCACGAUGGACGAGGACGACUCCGGAUGGGAGGCAGACUGGGAGGCCGAGUCGCGCGCGUCGUCCGUCGCUCCUAUGCGCGUCGAAGCGACUGGCGACGGGCGCCAUGGCCCACUCCGUGGCCACGCCGGCAGGAAGGAGGGGGCGCAGGACGUGAGCAUGCCCAUGAUGGCUCACCCGCCGAUGGCGAGGCAGGAGGAGCGACGCGUCACAGCGCGCGUCGAAGAGGAAUGCCUCGCGCGACGGCGGCGGCUCGAGUCGGGCCCCGGCACGCGACCGCGCCUGCGCAGGUACAACCCCGACUACCUCCUUGCCGCGCGUCGGUGGCACGCCCAGGACCGUCGUGGCUCAGCGCAUUCUUGGAGCCUCUCGGGCGCGACGACGGAGCUCUACGCCGAGGGUGCCCCCGUCUGCCAACAUUGCCUCCUCAGCAUCAACUCGCACCCUUCCCCCGCCCACGCCACCUCCCUGCCCGAAGCCGACUGCAUCACCUCCCUGCCCACCGACCCCCUCUCCGCCCUCGCCUCCCUCUCCCUCCCAUCGCCGCCGCCCCCGAACCCCAACCUGUCCCCUGCGGACUGGGAGACCGUCUACGCCCACCUCGCGGAGCACCGCGCGACCCUCGCGCACCUCCAGCGCGCCGCCGCCGACGCGGAGCGCGCCAUGCUCGGCGCGUGGGCCCUCGUGGAGGAGGUCGUCAUGCCUGUCGUGCGACGCCAGCGUGCGGGCUUGUCGGCGGAGCGGUGCGGAGUGUGAGCGAGUCGGGUGUCGCCUUGCAGCGGAGGGGUACCUUGGGGUGGUGCUCGAUACGAGGGCGGGGAAAACUGCAGGUGUGGUGAGGGCGCGAUCGGACUUGGCUUCUUGGAACGAAGGAAAGAAAUGUGAAUGCGUGUGUACGAUGGCUGUAGCAUGACGAGGCAACGUAACGCAAAAGGUUGUAGCGUGUAUCAUAGCUCGAUUGUCGGCUCGUAGCGUGAAUGGUGUAUUAUACUGUCUUGGAAUGUAUUCGUGCUUUCGAAUGUUCAA